ACCAGUUUCGCAUUUUUUUAGUUGAAAACAUUGUUUUCUGUAAUUAAGACGGCAAGCUAAACAGUAUUCAUGAAAAAUGUCGGAACAGAUCAGAGUUGAUGUGGCUACACCUGAGUGUCAUCAUUUUCGUGGAGUGUUUGGGCUGUUUCCUUGGAACUGGGGUCGGCCAUGUCGUUAUUGUCGACGACAUCCACAACAACAAGUAAUUGUAGUAGCUGCGCCUAAUAGACCGUGUGCUGCUCCUAAUACAGCAUAUGCUGCUCCACCUAUGCAAAGUACGCCAGCUGACACCUAUAGACCACCUCCCCCCGGAUAUGAUGCCGCUGUAAACCAAUAUUCAAGGAACUAAAUAGGAAUAUGUUUUCUAAAUAGGCUAUAUUUUCUAUUUAUGAGUAAUUAUUAUGAGUAAUCAUUCAAGAUUGUGUUUAUAAAUUUAAAAUGAAUAAGACU